AGAAAACUGUUACUUUAUAAUUUUUAGAAAGCUCAUUAGCCAAUCCAUACGACAGGAGGUAUCAGGCCAGACAGACGUGGUUUAUUGGCCUUUAAUUUGACGUAUCGCCGUAAGGAGGCAAUUUUAACAUGCCUACUUCGAUAUCAUAUAUUUCGGUGCCACGCAAUCAAGUCUUUGUUCUGGUUUGCGCGUGUGUAACUUCAAUCUAAGCUUAAGUAGGAUAAGGUCCGAGCGGUUGGUGCUCAUGAUCUUGAUAGGUCGAAGAUCGGAUCACCACAGGAAUUGGGAACCAAUUAGAAUACCAAAGGUCUUUUCAUCCGUUAUAUAAAAGGGAAGUAACAGCUGUAUUUCCGGUUUGUAUGAGGCAGGCACUCACAAAUAUGGACGGACGUAGUCUUGACUCAUCCCUGAAGAGGAAACCACUAUGGGUUCCCGGAGUCAUCGUACUUUCGGCAACAGAGCACGUGGAAUAUUUUUGUUGCACCGCCGGAUUCAAAUCCAACUCGGCGAGAAUCUGCACAACGGUGCUUAGAUAAAGCGAUACUUUUACCGCCUAUUGAUCCUUGGGGCAUGUUAGCUCAGCGCCCACAUUCCUUAUCGGAUAUUCAAAUCUGAAUUCGCGAACAAGCUAUACCGGUCAUUGCGGACUCAAUAUGGUUUUCAACAAGAAAAGACUUUACAUUGCGCUGUAUCCCAGCCCUAUCGCCGAGGAUGGGUUACUAAAGUACCACUGGAGUUUUCUCAUCGGCCCUAAGUACGAAGACAAGGGAGAGGUUCCCGGCACGCGCUACCACGUCAAGAAGGUACCCACCACGGGGAAGUGGAUGUACGAAGCACGGCCUCUGCAGAAUAUACAGGGAGAGAUCAGACUCCUAGCUCGCGUCCUCAUCGCCAAAGUUACAGACGAGCAGCGACUCAUCAAGAUCUUCCAAGACACACCGAUCCUUGACAACAACUCGAAGUUCAACUCUUUGUCGUGGGUCAUCGAUGCAUUCUCGCGCAUAUCGAAGAACAGAGAGGCCGUCGGAACCGCUAUAUUAGACUGGAAGAAGGUUGAGGACAAGACACGCACCUAUGUGGAACGGAAGGCGGCAGAGGGAAGAUAUUCAAUAGGCCAAGACAUGACUAAACCGAAGCCUACGUGGGACAUGCUCGCAGGCGCGGAGAUCAUAUCGUGAGAAUAAUAUUUGUAUCUGGUCGGCAAGGUUUUAGCGAAACGCGACUGACUAUGGGGGUAUAUGAUCACGAACGAAUGAGUAAAUGAACGCGAUGCUUAGAUUUUUCUCCGCCGUUUUUAUAGUGUUUCUCUAUUUUAAACUUCCUAGUGUGUGACUUAAGAAAACUAGGAAUAGUUUCCCUUCCAUGCCCACCUACACAGCCGACCAAUAUACGCGGGGCAUUAGUACAGACUACUUUCGGCUACGAACCAGAUAAAAGGAUCCUAUUCUAUAAUAGGGUCGUUGGGAGGAGGAUGACAGUAGUAGCCCAUGUACUUCCACAUAUCAUGAGGCCUUAAGUUGCUUUAAGUUUCCAGGUACUCAGUAAAGAAGGUAAUAUUGCUGAAGAUAUGUAUUCGGGAUUGGAAGUUGUAUUGGUGAAGAAGAAUUAGGUA